AUGGACAGCAGCGGGGGGCUGGUGGUUCUGAACGGGUCCAGAUCCUUUUGGGACUCCACAGCAGAGCACCAGCACCAGUACAUCAUCUGGCUCCCUGGCACGGGCAUCGCUGCAGUCUAUGGGACAAUCAUCAUCAUCGGUCUGGUCGGAAACGUCACUUUGAUGAAGACGUGUUUGUUGGUGAAGUCCAUGCGCACGGUGCCGAACUUGCUGCUGUCCAGUCUGGCUGUGGGUGACCUGCUGCUGCUGGUGACCUGCGCCCCGGUGGACGCCAGCCGCUACCUGGUGGACCAGUGGCUGUUUGGCCGCGUUGGGUGCAAAAUUAUCCCGUUCAUCCAGCUCACUUCAGUGGGAGUCUCCGUGUUCACACUCACUGUUCUCUCCGCUGACCGGUACAAAGCCAUUGUCAACCCUCUGGACAUCCGUAGGUCCAGUAUCGGUUUACGAGUGGGGACAAUCUGGCUGCUGUCUGUGUCUCUGGCCAUUCCUGAAGCUGUCUUCUCUGACCUGCACACGUUCACCAUCAUCCACACCAAUGAGACAUUUGUGACCUGUGCCCCUUACCCCCACUCCGGGGACCUGCACCCGAAAAUCCACUCCACAGCCUUCUUCCUCAUCUUCUACAUCAUCCCGCUCUUCAUCAUAUCCGUCUACUACUGCUUCAUCGCUCGCAGUCUGAUCAGGAGCUCAGUGGACCUCCCCGCUGAAGGACACGCGCACCUCCAGAAGCAGAUCAAGUCCAGGAAGCGUUUGGCCAAAACCGUGCUGGUGUUUGUUGGCUUGUUUGCGGUCUGCUGGCUGCCCAGUCAUGUGAUCUACCUGUACCGCUCCUACAACUACGACCAGGCGGACACGUCCCUGGCCCAUUUCAUCGCCAGCGUGUGCGCUCGCAUCUUGGCCUUCACCAACUCAUGCGUGAAUCCGUUUGCUCUUUACCUGAUGAGCAAAAGCUUCAGCAAACACUUUAACAAGCAGCUGUGCUGCACUUCUCCCAGACGGAUGAACAGCCAGAAUAGUGUGAACACAAACAUAACAACCGUGUGAAAGCAAAAGGCUCUGAAUCACUCAAGUCACAUUCAUUUUCAUCAUGUUCAACUCUUAAUCGACAAUUAUAAGAAUGUUUCAUUGUUGUGAAGUCAUGCCACUCACAUGAAUUAUGUCUAUUACUAACUUAAAUGACAAUUUCUCAUUUACUUUGCCUCCACCAAAUACCAAUUAUGAAAGGAAAAUAUAACAUAUAUAGCUACAUUUCCUGUCAGAAACAUAGUGUUGAAAGAAACUAGUUAGGUUAUAGACAAAUGCACUAAUGGCAGAGGAAAGUUACUUUCUCUGGAAAUCAGAUUUGGUGAAGUUUAACCGAGUAUAAUCAUAAAAAAAAUGGGUUUUUUUAAAGUUAUUUGCAACUGUGAAUGAAAAAGUUUCAGUCCAAUUAUGCAAAUACUUUAUCUGCAAUGUUACUUUAAUUAAAAAAGAUCAGUGGAUAUUUGAGGGUUUCAUUUGUAAAAUAUUCAGAAGGAAAAUAAUCUGCUAAUCAAUGUACGGGAAAUAUUAAUACAAACGUGACUGGUUAUUUAUUUGUCUAAUGUUAAGUUACAUAAUAGUGUACUUAAUGUAAUGCUCGUGUUUAGUGUCUGGCUGUUAUUCUGUGUAUUAUCUUUUCAUCCUUUACACUGUGCUCCAGCCGCUUCAUACAACUUCAGAGUGUAAUCAAAGAGGGGGAUUUCACCCUUAAAGUGUAAUGAUAUGUCAUGAUAUGUACAAUACUGACUAAGCUGUUGGUCAUUUUCACACUUAAUCGGUUACAUGUGCCAUCUAGAAAAAUACAAUUAUUCAGUGUAUUGCACUAAAUCUACCGUUUUAAAGCGGUAAAUAUUUAGCAUUACAUUACACUUACAUACACUUUGCUCAAUAUUGGAAAAAACGUCUUUGUACAAAUAUUUGUUUAUUGUAUUUUUAUGGUGUUUGUAGCGGAUGCUUAUUUGCAACACUUGUCCCUAGAAGGGCUUUUAUGGCAGGAAUUGACAGGUGGUGACUAUGUGAACGUAAACUAGUACAAAACAUGCGAUAAAAAGUAUAAAACAUUCAAUAAAAUUGUGAAGUUUACAUCCACUUUCAAAAUGAUCAGGUGGCAAGUUCCAAGAUUUAGCUCCUAUUUCAGAAAAAGGCUGUCCGUGCAAAAGAGGUUUUACAGACGCGAUGCUGCUCUGGUGGAUCUGCGGCAGCUCUGUCGUCACUGGAUGUGUUUACAGAGAGGUGAAGGGGGGCGAGGGCAUUUGAACGUUGACAAACCAGCUUCAUGUAGUGAAAAUAAAUGAAAUUGGCAAAGCUCAAGAUCUUGUACUUUAUUCGUUUUUAUUCAGGAUUUUCAAGGCAAAUCAAGUUUAAAGCACCUAAACGCAUACAUGGUGGUUUCUUUUGUUAGCAGCGU